AUGGAUACAAGUGACCUGAAAUGGGAGAACAUGUAUGAACUAAAAAGUUCUAUAUUUAAUAUAAAGAUAACUGGGAAACCCCCUCCAUUAAGGAAGGUAUAUAAAGUCUUUAAAGACUCACCCUUCCAUGUGACUGGUGAAAGUAGUGUUUCAAUCAUGGAUGGCUUAGAUGAAGGCAUCUUUGCAUGGGUCACUGUUAAUUUCCUUAUAGGGAAGUUCAAUCAUGGAGUUGAAUCAUUGGUGGGUGCUUUGGACCUAGGUGGUGGAUCCACACAAAUCACCUUUUACCCUAAGUCAGAGGAUACAAUUGCUAAUUCCCCAAAAGACUUCACACAGAAGGCUAAAGUGUUUGAUCAGGAAUACAAACUCUACACACACAGGUAACCCAUCACGAGGAACAAGACU